AUGUUGUCCGUUGGAUAUUGGGAGCUACUACGUAGUUGGACUCUUGUAGCUGGAAUCACUGGAUCGGCUGGUAGUACAUCGACAAGCUUGAACUGUCCUUUGGGUGUAGCACUAGAUCCCGUGGGAAACAUGUAUAUAGCUGAUACGAGUAAUCAUCGUAUUCAACUUUUCUCGGCUGGUCAAUCGAAUGGAACAACCAUUGCAGGAAUUACAGGUUCGUCUGGUACAAGUCCUAGCCAAUUGGCAAGAGCGUAUUGGGCCAUUCUCGACAAUAAUCUUAAUUUAUACGUUGCAGACACAUUCAAUCACCGAAUUCAAAAAUUUGAACACUAUUAA